CGCCUCCAGGCAGGCCACCAUGGGCAGCAAGGAGCGAUUCCACUGGCAGAGCCACAACGUGAAGCAGAGCGGAGUGGACGACAUGGUGUUGCUACCGCAGAUCUCGGAGGAUGCCAUUGUGGGGAACCUACGCAAACGCUUCAUGGACGACUACAUCUUUACCUACAUUGGCUCCGUGCUCAUCUCCGUGAACCCCUUCAAGCAAAUGCCCUACUUCACCGAUCGUGAGAUUGACCUCUACCAGGGCGCGGCCCAGUAUGAAAAUCCCCCCCACAUCUAUGCCCUCACCGACAACAUGUACCGCAACAUGCUUAUUGACUGUGAAAACCAGUGCGUCAUCAUCAGUGGAGAGAGUGGAGCUGGCAAGACGGUGGCUGCCAAGUACAUUAUGGGCUACAUUUCCAAGGUGUCUGGCGGAGGUGAGAAGGUCCAGAAUGUGAAAGAUGUCAUCUUGCAAUCCAACCCUCUGCUCGAGGCCUUCGGCAACGCCAAGACUGUGCGCAACAACAAUUCUAGCCGAUUUGGCAAAUACUUUGAGAUCCAGUUCAGCCCGUGGCGGGGAGCCGGUGAUGGCGGAAGAUCGUCCAACUUCUUGCUGGAGAAAUCCCGUGUGGUCAUGCAGAACGAGAACGAGAGGAACUUCCACAUCUAUUACCAGCUGCUGGAUGGCGCGACCCCGGAGCAGCGCCAGAACCUGGGACCUCAUGACCCUGACUACUAUUACUACCUCAACCAAUCGGACACGUACAAGGUUGAUGGCACGGAUGACAAAAGCGACCUUCCAGGAGACAAUGGUGAGCACCAAAACGCCAUGCAGAUCAUCGGGAUUCCACCCAAUGUGCAGCAACUGGUGCUCCAUCUCGUGGCGGGGAUUCUGCACCUGGAUAACAUUCAGCUUCCGCGAGGACGGGAAACUAUGCCCGGGGUGGAAGAAGUACGGGACCGUGAUCCCUGGGCCUUCCCGCCCUACCUGCUGGGCAUUGACAGCGGGCGGCUGCAGGAGAAGCUGACCAGCCGCAAGAUGGACAGUCGCUGGGGCGGCCGCAGCCGAGGGUCCAUCGAUGUCACCUUGAACGUGGAACAGGCGGCCUACACCCGCGACGCCCUGGCCAAGGGGCUCUACGCCCGGCUCUUUGACUUCCUGGUGGAGGCCAUCAACCGCGCCAUGCAAAAGCCCCAGGAUGAGUACAGUAUUGGGGUGCUGGACAUCUAUGGCUUCGAGAUCUUUCAGUAAAAAUGGCUUUUUGAGCAAUUCUGCAUCAAUUUCGUCAACGAGAAGCUACAACAGAUCUUUAUCGAGCUCACACUGAAGGCAGAGCAGGAGGAGUACGUGCAGGAAGAUCGCUGGACACCCAUCCAGUACUUCAACAACAAGAUCGUCUGCGACCUCAUCGAAAACAAACUGAGCCCUCCAGGCAUCAUGAGCGUCCUGGAUGAUGUAUGCGCUACCAUGCACGCCACGGGCGGCGGCGCUGACCAGACGCUGCUGCAGAAGCUGCAGGCGGCCGUGGGCUCCCACGAGCACUUCAACAGCUGGAGCGCCGGCUUCGUCAUCCACCACUACGCGGGCAAGGUGAGCUUAUCCUAUGACGUCAGCGGCUUCUGCGAGAGGAACCGGGAUGUACUUUUCUCAGACCUCAUUGAGCUCAUGCAGUCCAGUGAGCAGGCCUUCCUCCGGAUGCUCUUUCCUGAGAAGUUGGAUGGAGACAAGAAGGGCCGGCCCAGCACUGCAGGCUCCAAGAUCAAGAAACAGGCCAAUGACCUGGUGGGCACGUUGAAGAAAUGCACACCCCACUAUAUCCGCUGCAUCAAACCCAACGAGACCAAGAAGCCCCGAGACUGGGAGGAGAGCAGGGUGAAGCACCAGGUAGAGUACCUGGGCCUGAAGGAAAACAUCCGUGUGCGACGCGCCGGCUUCGCCUACCGCCGCCAGUUCUCCAAGUUCCUGCAGAGGUAUGCCAUCCUCACCCCCGAGACAUGGCCACGCUGGCGUGGGGGGGAUGAGCGCCAGGGAGUGCAGCACCUGCUACGAGCGGUCAACAUGGAGCCUGACCAGUACCAGAUGGGCAGCACAAAGGUCUUCGUCAAGAACCCCGAGUCGCUCUUCCUGCUGGAGGAAAUGCGGAGGCGCAAGUUCGAUGGAUUUGCUCGAACCAUCCAGAAGGCCUGGAGGCGCCAUGUGGCUGUGCGGAAAUAUGAGGAAAUGCGGGAUGCAUCCAACAUCCUGCUGCACAAGAAGGAGGAGCGGAGGCGUAACAGCAUCAACCGGAACUUUGUUGGGGACUACCUGGGCUUGGAGGAGCGGCUGAGCUUCGGCCAGUUCCUGGCCAAGAGGGAACGAGGUGGAUUUCGCUGACUCGGGUCAACCAAGUAUGACAGGCGCUUCAAGCCCAUCAAGAGGGACUUAAUCCUGACGCCCAAGUGUGUCUACGUGAUUGGGCGGGGAGAAGUGGAAGUAUGGGGCCCGAGAAGGGGCAGGGUGCAGGAGGUGCUGAAGAAGAAGGUGGAGGCUCCAGGCUGUGCGGGGGUGUUGCUCUCAGGUCGGCAGGAUUGAUUUCUUCGUGCUCCAAGAGGGACUCUGCCGACAGCUUUUCUGGAGAGCAUCUUCAAGACCGAGUUCCUCAGCCUCCUGUGCAAGCGCUUCGAGGAGGCGAUGCGGAGGCCCCUGACUCUGACCUUCAGCGACACACUACAGUUCCGGGUGAAGAAAGAAGGCUGGGGCGGAGGCAGCACCCGAAGUGUCACUUUCUGCCGUGGCUCGGGAGACGAGGCCAUGCUCAAGGCCAGCGGCCGGACCCUCAUGGUCAGCGUGGGGGACGGGCUGCCCAAAAACUCCAAGCCUACCCGCAAGAGCAAAGCCCAGGGAAAAGUUCAAAGGUUGGGCCAGGGUCCGACCCGAGCAGCCCCUGGACCUCCCAGAGGCCAGAACCGCAAUGGAGUUCCCCCUUCUGGUAGAAGGAAUCCCCUGCCCCUGGAGAUCACAUCUGGAGGGAGCUCCCAGGGGCGCCCCAAGGCCCCUCCGGCCUCAGCCCUGGGUGCCAGCCGCCGCCAGCGGGCCAGGCCCCCCUCAGAGCAUAACACUGAGUUUCUCAAUGUGCCAGAUCAGGGGGUUGCUGGCAUGCAGAGGAAGCGCAGUAUAGGGCAGAGACCCGUACCCGGUGUGGGCCGGCCCAAGCCUCAACCCCGGACGCAUGGCCCAAGGUGCCGCGCACUGUACCAGUAUGUUGGGCAGGAUGUGGACGAGCUGAGCUUCAACGUGAACGAAGUCAUCGAGAUAAUUUUGGAAGGUGCGACCCCCUCAGGCUGGUGGAAAGGCAGAUUGCAUGGCCAGGAAGGCCUCUUCCCGGGAAACUAA